ACAACACUGAAAGGGUAUCUAAAACAGCAGCCUGCAUUGAGUUAAGGAAAUGGAGGGUUUGGAGGACAAGAGAAAGGGAGCUAGGGCAACUUACUGUGUGACUGGAGCCACUGGUUUUAUAGGGUCUUGGCUGGUGAACACCCUCUUGGAAAGAGGCCACAUGGUUCAUGCCACAGUUCGUGAUCCUGCCAAGUGUUCGCACCUAUUAUCAUUGUGGACGAACACUGACCGGUUGAGAUUGUUCCAAGCUGAUUUGGGAGAGGAAGGAAGCUUCGACGAGGCUGUGAAGGGCUGUGAUGGUGUAUUUCAUGUUGCAGCAUCAAUGGAAUUCAGUGUUACUGUAGAAGAAAACAUUGAGAGUUACGUGCAAUCAAAUAUCAUUGAGCCUGCAAUCAAAGGAACCUUGGACGUCCUCAAAUCCUGUGUGAAUUCUGGAACUGUGAAAGGGGUUGUGCUCACCUCUUCCAUCAGCACUCUCACUGCCAAAGACAGAAAGGGAAAUGCAAGAGCUGUUGUUGAUGAAUCUUGUCAAACACCAGUUGAUCAAGUCUUGAGUGAAAAAGCAAAUGGAUGGGUUUAUGUACUUUCAAAGAUUCUCACAGAGGAAGCAGCAUUUAGAUUUGCAAAUGAGAAUGACGUUAAUCUGGUAUCAGUGAUAACAAGUACUGUUGGAGGUCCAUUUCUCACUUCCAAGGUUCCAUCAAGCAUUCAAGUUCUUUUGUCACCAAUAACAGGUGACUCUGAACUCCAUGGGAUAUUAUCUGCUGUAAAUGCAAGAAUGGGUUCAAUUGCUUUAGUUCAUGUUGAAGAUAUAUGCAGUGCCCACAUAUUUUUAAUGGAGCAUGCCAAAGCUGAAGGUCCUUACGUAUGCGCUGCCCAAAGUUACCCGAUAUCUGAGUUGGUUAAGUAUCUAGCUCAGGCAUACCCUUGCUCAAAUUCAAACAGAUUUAUGGAGGAGGAAAUUAAUGAUGUAGUGGUGCCUUCAGAGAUCUCUUCAAAGAAGCUAACAGAUUUGGGAUUCAGUUUCAAGCAUGGACUAGAAGAUAUUAUCCAUCAGACAAUUACUUGUUGUCUAGGUUAUGGCUUUCUGCCUCCUCUUUGAAGUUAAUGGUGUUCAAGUUAAACUAUAUACUUUUUAUGGAAUUUUUGAAGUGUGCCCAUCAAUGAUGAACGAAUUUGAUGCUAUGAACGUGUUUACCUAUAUCCAAUUUUAUGAGAAUUCAUUGCCAUUA